AUGAAAGCUAGAAUGGUGCAUGUGGGCAAGAAAGGCACUCAAAUAUCACAAGCAUAUGACGUAAAUGGUCAGCAUAUUAAUGCGGUGGAUAGGGCAAGACUGAAUGAACUUCUAUUGGAUGCAGCUGAGGCUAUGGAAAAUGUAACAAUCCACUUUGAGUAUCGCUUGUUGCAGGCAGAUUUUACAGAAAACAAGCUUCAAUUUAAAUUAAGUAAUAAUGAGAUAGAAGAGGUUAACGUUGAUUUUAUUAUUGGAGCUGAUGGCGCAUACUCAAAAGUGAGAUCUCAAAUUAUGCGCUGUAUGAGAAUGAAUUAUGACCAGGAAUAUAUUGACACUGGCUACUGUGAGCUAUCUAUGCCACCAGCUAGGGAUAAGGACGGUAAGCCUACCUUUGCAUUGGACCCCAAUCAUCUGCAUAUAUGGCCGCGACACACCUUUAUGCUUAUUGCACUACCAAAUCCCGACCUAACGUUUACUUGCACGUUAUUCAUGCCUUUCCAAAUGUUUGACGAUAUCAAAACUGAAGAUCAACUACUGACAUUUUUCCAGGAACAUUUCAACGAUUCUAUUCCCCUCAUUGGUGAGAAAAAUCUUAAAUCAGAUUUUUUCAAUAAUCCUAGAGGGUCUUUGAUCACUGUAAAGGCAUCACCACAUCACUAUAAGGAUAGGACGAUGAUCAUUGGCGAUGCAUCGCAUGCUAUGGUUCCAUUUUAUGGUCAAGGCAUGAAUUGUGGUUUUCAGGAUGUAGAAGUACUGAACAAAAUUCUUGAUAAGCAUCAAAUCAAGCCAGUCGUUAAUGGUGAUGGUGUGAUUGAAGGUUUACAGGAAGCAUUAGAUGAAUAUUCAAACGUCCGAGUCAAAGAUGCGCACGCUAUUUGUGAUCUGGCUAUGUAUAACCACUACGAAAUGCGUCAUGCUGUGACCUCGGUGCAAUUCUUAGCAAAGAAGAAAUUAGAGAGCGCAAUACAUUACAUGUUUCCCAAGUUAAUCAUCCCUCUCUAUACCAUGGUUAGUUUUAGUACGAUACCUUACUCUCAAGCUAUUCAUCGAUGGCAUCGUCAAACCCGUAUAUUGAAUUUCGUUUUGCUUUCAACAAUUUCUGCCACAGCCGCUGUUACCGUUGUCUAUGGCUUGAAGUAUCGUGAUCAUCUACAUUCUACAGCUGGCAACGCAGUCCGAGCCAUCAAAGAUCUCUUUCUCAAAAACUGA